AUGGAGGCGAACCAGGAGAAGGCUCCGGAGACUGCCAGCGGCGGCGACGCCCCGAGGCCUGUGCGAGCGGUGUGCGUCUUCUGCGGCAGCCGGCCUGGCAACCAGCCGUCCUUCAGCGCCGCCGCCCUCGACCUCGGGAAGCAACUGGUGGAGAGGCAGCUCGAUCUCGUCUACGGCGGCGGCAGCGGCGGCCUGAUGGGACUCGUGUCCAAGGCCGUCCACGACGGCGGCCGCCACGUCCUCGGGGUCAUCCCUAGUGCUCUCCUGCCGGAAGAGGUGUCAGGGGAGACGUUGGGAGAGGUGAAAGUGGUGAGGGACAUGCAUGAGCGCAAGUCAGAAAUGGCAAAACACUCGGACGCCUUCAUCGCCCUGCCAGGCGGAUAUGGGACGAUCGAAGAGCUGCUGGAGAUCAUAACGUGGGCGCAGCUGGGGAUCCAUAACAAACCUGUGGGCCUGCUCAACGUGGACGGCUACUACAACAGCCUGCUUUCGCUGUUCGACAAGGGCGUCGAGGAGGGCUUCAUCGACGACGCCGCGCGCAACAUCUUCGUCCUCGCCGACAACGCCGCCGACCUGCUCACCAAGCUUACGGCCGCGGCGGUGGCGGCCCACGCUGACGACGGCGGCGGCGAGGACCGCAACGGCACGGCGGCCGCCGGCGCCAAGAGGAAAAGAGGCUAG